AUGGAGACAGACAAUAAAACAGCAGUAACUACAUUUAUUCUUCUGGGAUUUGGGAAUGCCCCUGGACUUCAGAUUCCACUCUUCCUGGUUUUCCUAAUAAUCUACGGUCUAACCAUUGCUGGAAACAUCAUUAUAAUUGUAUUAGUAAUCAUGGAUCAUCACCUUCAUAUCCCCAUGUACUUCUUCCUUGGAAACUUGUCCUGUUUGGAUACCUUCUACACUUCAACUCUUUUCCCCAGGAUGUUGGCCAGUUUUCUGACACGGGACAGAACCAUUUCUUGUAGUGGCUGCUUCAUCCAGUUUUACUGUUUUGUUACACUUGGGGUUGCUGAGUGCUAUCUACUGGCAUCGAUGUCAUAUGAUCGGUAUUUGGCAAUAUGCAAGCCCCUCCAAUAUGCCACUCUCAUGAGCAGAAGACUCUGCUUUCUGUUGUCAGCUCUGACUUGGCUUUGUGGAAUAAUGGUUUCAACUUUUUUAAUGGGUUUGAUGUCACAGCUGAAAUACUGUGGCCACCGUGAAAUUGAUCAUUUCUUUUGUGACUUUACAGCAGUGAUUAAGCUGUCAUGCAGUGACACAACUCUGGUGACACUGGUGAGCCUCACGUUAUCUUUCAUAAAUAUUGUCCCUUCUUUUCUUCUGACACUGCUGUCUUAUGUUUGUAUAAUUGCUGCCAUCAUACGAAUCCCAUCGUCAGAUGGGAGGGAAAAGGCCUUUUCCACCUGUUCUUCCCACCUCAUUGUAGUCUCCAUCUUUUAUGGUUCAUUGAUAUUAGUAUAUGUUCUACCACAAAAAGAAGCUCUAAGACAAAUAGACAAGAUCUUUUCAGUCUUCUACACAGUCUUAACCCCUCUAAUUAAUCCCCUUAUUUAUAGUCUAAGAAACAAAGAGGUAAAAAAAGCUUUAAUGAGAGCUGUAAACAAAUGUAGGAUUUCCAAAUGA